AUGGAAGCAUCCCAGACGGCUGACAAAUGGGGAAUUGCCAUACCACUUGCUCGCGCCAUGGCCCAAAGAGGCAGCAAGGCCGCCGACCAAGCGCACUUCCUCCCAUCACCGCGACAGGUGGCUGGCCAAGUUCCAGGUGGUCCCCUCACGAAGACGCAUGAGUCGCCGGAUACGAGCAUUAAGACGGGUGUGAGAAACAGCGAUGUCAUGGUCAUGGCCUGGGUCCAAAAGCUGUGGCUCGGUAACCGGGUACAGAUGCUCCCUCCGGAGCAGGAUCACGAUUCAAACGCGCAUCAAUCACUGGAAAUCCCUGUCGUUUGUGUUUUGUUCCAAACCGGAACUGCUCAAAUUGGGAACCCGAAUGACAUACUAUUUACCGCCAUGUGUGUGGUUGGUUCUUUUGAGAAUCCGAGACAUAUUGUCUGUGACAAUCGCAUUGUCGACAAAUCAGCAAAUCGACAAUGCGCUGUUGCGCUGUUUGCUAAAGUUGCACGCCAACCUGGAUUCCAACCUUCUGGGACCACCCGAUCGAUCGUGGCAGAAUUGAACGCACGAAUAGGGCCUUUGUGUAACGCUGGAAAGGACCACGGUGGCCGCUGGUAUCCAUUCUGUCCGCACACUUACUUCGGCAUUGGGGCCAACGUUCCUGGCGAUGCAGCGGGACUGGUGGCAUGA